GUCUCACACGGACAGUAUCACAGGCCGGCGAAAGAUGGAUAGCACUGACCCUCUGCCACUGUCUCCUUUUAUUAACAACAGCUUUGCAAAGGCGAAAGAAGGAAGCUUGUUAAAUCAGGUGACGCCAUCUAAAACCUCCACCGUGGCCACCGUGAUCCAAGUGGUGCAAAGAGCGGUGCAGAAGAGCUGCAUAAGGGCCUGUCAGCUGCUCUGCCUGCCUUUUGACCUUGUGAUGUGUGAAAAAGUCACAUGUUGCUCAGCUAAAACUCAUCAGCCCAAGGAGAAUAAAAACAUUCAAGCAAUGGCCCUUCAGAGUCCGCCGUCAACAAUACUGAUCGUCAACAUCAGCAACUCCACGUUGAUUGACUGCGUCAUUGGAAACGGCACACGUCCAGUGGCCGAGUGUCAGCCUCUCAUGCAGGAAACUGAGCGCCACAUGAAAGGUCAGAUGAGGUUUAGCUGCUACGGCGGGAAACAGGAGUCAGCACAGGAUGCUGCUUUGCCGCCACUUCCUCCAUCAGAAGAGCAUCCUAGUAUCAGCAUCCACAGCUCCCACGUCAGCUACACCAUCAUUGGAGACAACAACAGCAUGCAUGUUGAUAUGAGCCAGCCGUCUAACUAAAACGGAAGAUUCCCAAGUGUGCCACAUGUACACACGCAUGCACAGACUCAAGAAACAUUGUAGCCACGAUUAUAACUUCAGCUUAGUAUCAGGGCAAACAUUUUCAGUCUGGAGGUGAGAGAUAACAAUGUCUCUGCUAAUCAAAAACUAUGCCAGAAUAGCAGUUCAUUUUCAUAAAACACAAAAAAAGAGCUUUUUAUGUGGGCAUUUUGACCAUCAUGACUGUUGAUUUUUCGCUCUGGUCUCUUUUAGUUGACAUGAGGGAAAGCUGUUUGUUUGUUAUGUAAAAACAUGACGGUGACGAUGAUUCAAGUGCCAUAGAAGUUCCAGUGCGUACAAGCAAACGUCACAACUCCAAAGUGUUUCUUGUAGAAACACUUCUCUGUGGCCGGGGUGGUUCCCGUUUUGCAAUGCCGGGUCUUCUGCUCCUCUAUUAGACAUUUAGGGCUAAAAGUUGGGGAGCAGGUGGAAAUUUUAUUGUGUUGAAUUCCUAAUGACUCAUUAGGAAGUAUUUAUAUUCAGAGGUGUGAUAACAAAGCUGCUGAAGGAUUCACUGUGUCAGCUUUGAUUUUUUUUUAUGGACAAUGAUCAAGUCUGUCACGUCAUGAUACGGGCUUGGGUUAAAAUGUAUGGCCUAUGGUCAUUAACAGUACACUACUCAGUAGUAUUUAUUACCAGAGGUAAUUUUGAUUUCUUGUGUCUCUAUGUUUGAUAUUGCUUAAUAUAAAAUAACUGUGACUUUGAUAUGUACAUAAAACUGAGUAAGAGGACUAUGAAUGAAUGAGUUUUAACUGUUGUAACUGUAA